AUGACCAGGGAAGAAGGUUACAGAGAAGAAUUUAGCUAUGACAGAAUGCCGACUUUGGAGCGGGGAAAGCAAGAGAAUGGAAAUUAUGUACCAGAUAUCAAAUCCAGUGACCUUCAGCUAUCAAAGCGGCUGCAUCCUUGCUUUAUUUACAGAACAUGGAUCUUUUCUUUACUGAUGGGCACUUGCCUCCUUAUUACUUCUGGAUUUUCACUGUAUCUGGGAAAUAUUUUUCCAUCUGAAAUGGAUUAUUUACGUUGUGCAGCAGGUUCAUGUAUUCCUUCAGCAGUUGUGAGCUUUGCUAUAGCAAGGAAUAAAAUUAAUGUGAUACCCAAUUUUCAGAUUCUGUUUGUCUCUACAUUUGCGGUUACAACAACAUGUUUAAUUUGGUUUGGAUGCAAACUUGUCCUAAAUCCAUCAGCUAUAAAUAUAAAUUUCAACUUGAUUCUGCUUAUUCUGCUGGAAAUCUUCAUGGCAACUACCGUGAUCAUUUCAGCUAGAUCUACUGAAGACUGCUGUAUGCGAAAGAAAAAUACUGCAUAUGACAGUACCAUUGUUACAAGCAAUGUCAGCUUUCCUACUCGAAUUCUGAAGUCAUACUCAGUAAUUGAGGUGAUUAUUGGAAUUUCAUCAGUAUUUGGUGGCAUAAUUGCUUUGAAUAUGGAUGUUCUAGUCUCAGGUCCAUAUCUUUCGGUAACAUUCUUUUGGAUCUUAGUUGCUUGCUUUCCGAGUGCCAUUGCAAGUCAUGUGGCUGCUGAAUAUCCAAGUAAAUGUCUGGUUGAGGUUCUGAUUGCCAUUAGCAGUGUCACCUCUCCAUUGUUGUUCACAGCUUCUGGAUACUUAUCCUUCAGUAUCAUGCAAGUUGUAGACAUCUUUAAAAAUUAUCCACCUGCUGUUAAACAAUCUUAUGAUGUACUACUGUUACUUCUGAUGUUGAUGCUGCUAAUUCAGGCAUGCCUUACUAUUGGAACUGUAAUACAGUGUGUAAAUUACAAGACAAAAAUGAAACUUCAAGAUUUGUCCUGGGCAGAGUCACAGGUUAAAAAACAAGAAUACAGAACAACAGAGGUUUCCAAUAAUACCUUAAAGGAUUUUGACAAAGACAAAGCUUGGAAAGCAGUUGUGGUGCAGAUGGCUCAGUAG